AUGGCUGCUCGAAGAACAAAUUCCGCGAUGAUGGAGACGUUGCGCCGAGAGGCAUUGAAUUUAGCCGGGAGAGCAAUUGAACAAGAUAACAGCGGGAAUUUUGAAGUCGCAAAAAGACAUUAUCAGGAAGUAGUGAGACUACUCGGGCUAAUUAUAGAGAGGAUGGGAUCGCAGCCUUCGGAGAGGAACAUAAUAAUAAACAAGCGUGAAGAGUAUGUUAGACGAAUAGAACAAUUAGACAGUUCAAUUCUCUUUUCAAAAGCUCAGGCGAUUCUAAAAAAGGCCAAAAGCGAGGAAGAACAGUUUAAAUUUGUGCAGGCACUUAAUUCUUACUUGGAAGCUGUCGAACCGUUACUUCAAGCACAAAAACAUGCUAAUGACAGCCUGAAAGCGGAACUAAGGAUUCAGAUCAAGCAGACUCUUGACAAGGCCGAGCCCCUGAAAAAAUUGCGAUUUCCGCCGAGACCAAGAAAUGGCUUAACCCCCAGUUCCAAGUUGUCUCCGCUCACGGAUACAGAGCGCAAAAUCUUACUUGACACUUCUCGUAUUAAUGAAAAGAUCUUUCUCCCAUGGUAUGAUGAUGAUGACUUGAACGAGCCGUUUUUAUUUGAUAAGCUCUUUACAGAUUUGGAUGGUCCUCUGCAGCUAUCAUUGCAACAAAAGGAGCUCUUUGGUUCUUGGAAACGACCUUAUCAGGUUAUGAAAAAUCCAGUGAUGAUUGCAGAGAUUUCGAGUUCCAACAUAGUGCAGGAUAUUGUGACGGAUUGCUCUUUUGUUGCGUCAUUAUGUGUGAGUGCUGCGUAUGAGCGAAGGCAUAACAAACAGUUAAUCACAAAGUGUAUCUAUCCGCAAGAUGAACACGGAAAGCCAAUGUACAAUCCAUUCGUUGAUGAUUUGUUGCCUGUUUCGCGUGAUGGUACACUUAUGUGCACUUUCUCGACGAAUAAAGACGAGCUUUGGCCUAGCAUCGUGGAGAAAGCCUAUUUGAAGUUAAUGGGCGGUUAUGAUUUUCCUGGAUCUAAUUCUGGGAUAGACUUAUAUGCUCUUACAGAAUGGCUCCCUGAACAUAUUUUUAUCACUGAGGCUUUUGACAAAGAGUCAACCUGGAAACGGUUAUUUCGCGGCCAGAAGGAUGGGAACGUCCUUGUUAUUAUUUCUACCGGAGAGAUGGAUGAAGAAAGAGCUAAUACUGUUGGCCUAGUUCCAACCCAUGCAUAUGCCGUAUUGG